UAUCGAGCAGCUGUGUACGGUUGUAAAUCAGAAGUGGAGAUGUUGUGUCGUGAAGUGUCAAUUCUUUCGAAACUCGCUCACCCAAACGUGGUCUCCUUCGUCGGUGCUGUAUUGGACGAUCCUAGCCAAUUUGCAAUCAUCACUGAAUUCGUCAGCAAUGGGUCGUUAUUCUCCCUUUUACAUGAGCAGAAACGCGUCCUGGAAUCCCAACUUCGCCUGCGAAUUUCACUAGAUGUUGCCCAAGGAAUGCGUUACCUACAUGAAAGCGCAGCGAAACCUGUGAUCCAUCGAGAUUUGAACAGCCACAAUAUCCUUAUUCAUCUCGAUGGUCGAGCUGUGGUUGCGGAUUUUGGAGAAAGCCGUUUCAUGUGCCAAACCGAUGAAGACAACAUGACUAAGCAACCAGGAAAUCUCCGAUGGAUGGCACCGGAAGUGUUUUCUCAAUCGGGGCGAUAUGAUCGUCGAGUGGAUGUCUUCAGCUUCGCUUUGGUGGUAUGGGAAGUACAUUCUGCCGAGCUGCCAUUUUCACAUCUGAAGCCAGCAGCUGCAGCCGCGGAAAUGGCAUACAAACGAGCUCGGCCCCCGUUACCAGAAGAGCCUACAGUGCAAUUUCCCGAACCCAUACUUCGAUUGCUUCCAAUGGCAUGGCAUCCGGAUCCUGCGGCGAGACCCGAUUUUUCGCAGGUCAGAUUUGGUUACGUUAGUUUUCCUACUACAACUCUUAAGGGUAAGCCUCUUCGAAAGGUUGGUGUACUUGCUCUCUUCAGAUCGUCAGCAUUCUCGAACCACACGUGA